AUGUACAAGUCGGCGUUGGACCCUUCAGGGGCGCUGGAGUUUGCCUUCGACCCACUACGGGCGCUCCAUGCUCACGAGGAUUCACGUUUGCAAUGGCCCGAGUAUCCAUACAAGCAGGUGACGAUCGAUCGUAGACUGGAGCUCUACUUCAAAUUGAGCAGUACGAUCGAGAAAAUGAAAACGAUCAAACCGGGUGGAAGGAGCUGGAACGGCGAUUCCUUGAAGAACGAGCAGCAUUUCGACAGGCCAAGAGAGUUUAUUCGAAGUGAAAAGGCCAAAGUGGUGAGCAUUUUAGACGCUCAAGCUGCAGGCGAGAGAGCGCAACAGGAACAAGAUGAACUCGCUGCAUGGGGAGCUAGACAAAUUGUAAAACGAUACGAAGACGGCAACAAAUAUGAUGGAGAUGGCGUCACGGAGAAUGGUGUGUCGAUUCCUCACGGCUAUGGUACGCUGUGGGUGCCCGAAGAAAAAUACACCACAACUGUAGGGCGGGCUGCGGAUAUAAAGCGAGUGAUUCGGUACGUUGGCGAGUGGAAAAAUGGCUUGAUGUAUGGCAACGGCACGUACUUUUGGGCUUCGGGCGAGUCGUGGAAAGGGAAUUUUAUCCGUGAUGAAAUGCAGGGUAAAGGUGUUUACACUAGCAGCGAAGGAGACUCAGACGAGCCCAAUAGUAGUCGAGAUACUGGACGUGAUGGAAAGAAAACCGAGCAGGAAUUGCGACCAAAUCAACGAAUUCGCUACUUUGAUGCAGGUCAACAUGUAUGUUGGGGCGAUGAGCUGGUGUGUGGCUGUCGCGUUCGGCUCUUUAACAACCGACAUUUCGGUGACCCGCUCGUGUCAGUAGUGAAACGAUCUAAUGUGGGACUGGAGGUGGAAACGGAGGCGGUGGUUGUCCGCUAUGACCCGCAAACAGACCGCCAUCUUGUUCGCAUGGUUGAGACUGAAAAAACGCGGUGGAUCUCGCUCUCUAACUCGAAUUUCCGAGUCUUGGCUUCUCGACCGAUAGCACGCUUCCUAGAUGAGUAA